CUCCUUGUAGAUCUUGUCAACCACGCACACAAUGAGGACGAGGAUAGCGACAUGGACAAGGCUGCUAUGCCUGACCUUAUCAGUAAUAGCAGUCGCUGCCAAAAAAGAUUCGCCCGACAUCGAGCCAACAUCGUUCAAAUCGUUACCCGCCAACAUCUUCUACUUUGACGAUAGCGACACAGUUCUGGUCACCGACAUCAAGCCUGGUAUCGUCUAUCGCUCGACCGACGCCGGUGUGAAGUGGAGGCAGAUCAAGGAAAUUGGGGAAGGCAAGAUCGGAGAAGUCUUCUCUCACCCAUACGACCCCAAGGCAGCCAUUGCCAUCGGAAACGACAAGACACACUGGAUCACCAAGGAUAGAGGAGAGUCAUGGACCGAGUUCAAGACAAAGUAUGAGGUUGCACCUGGACGUGCUUUGAGCUUCCACGCAGACGACCCGGACCGUAUGAUUAUCGGCACUCUUGACUGUCACGGCUCUGUCUGGGGCGAUUGCACUCCCAAGUCUUACUACACUCUCGACGGCUUCAAGGACAUCGAACUGCUCCACGACAAGGCUGUCUCGUGCCUCUGGGCAAAGUCCACCGACCUGUUCACCACCGGCGACGACAAGCUGGACAAGGACCAAGUCCUCUGUGUAGUCGAAGGCAAAUAUUCGACAUGGCAAAAGGACAACCGUCUGGUCAUGUCCAGCGACUUCUUCGAAAAGCAAGAGGUCGAACCUACCAUGUCUGAAGGCCGCACCGUCCCUGGUGUCGUCAACGUCGCCGCAGUCAAGGGCUACAUCGCUGUUGCAGCAAAGUCUGAAGGAACCACCGAACUCGCCAUGUACGUCACUGACGAUGCGAAGACAUGGCAUCGCGCAGAGUUCGGCAAACACAAGCUGGAGGAGAAUGCCUACACUCUCCUCGAAUCCACAAAUUACAGCAUCCAAGUCGAUCUCAUGGCCUCGAGCAUCACUUCGCCCAUGGGUGCCCUGUUCACCAGUAACUCAAAUGGUACAUACUUCACCAAGAGCAUCGAGCACACCAAUCGCAACAUUCAAGGAUACGUCGACUUUGAGAAGAUUCAGAACAUCCAAGGCAUUGUAUUGGUCAAUGUUGUUGACAAUUGGCAAGAGUUGGAAAAAGACUUCAUGGCCGACAAGAAGAUCAAGUCAAAAAUUAGUUUUGACGAUGGAAGAGUCUGGCAUGAUUUGAAGGUCGGCAAGGAAGACUUACACCUCCACUCUGUCACUGAUCAGCGCAACAUCGGACGAGUCUUCUCCAGUCCAGCUCCCGGUAUCGUUAUGGGAAUCGGAAACACUGGAAAGUACCUCAAGUCUUUCGAAGAGGGUGACACUUUCGUCUCGGAUGAUGCUGGUCUUACUUGGCGUCUUGCUUUGGAGGGCCCUCACCUUUACGAGAUGGGAGAUCAAGGUGCGAUUCUCGUUGCCAUCGAAGAUACCGAUACCAAAGAAAUCAAGUGGAGUAUCGACCACGGAAAGAAGUGGGAUUCGGUCAAGCUGGACGACAAGAUCAGGCCUAUCGUUCUCCUGACCGUACCUGACUCCACAAGCCUGAAGUUCAUUCUCGUGGCUUCCAAGGGAAGUGGCUCUAAGCUCGAGCACUUCACGUAUUCUCUCGAUUUCAAUGGUCUGCACGAAGAUAAGUGCAAAGACUCCGACUUUGAGAAAUGGGCUGCACGAGUGGACGACGAUGGCAAGCCCAGCUGUAUCAUGGGUCACAAGCAAUUCUUCCGUAGACGCAAGGCCGACGCUGAUUGCUUUGUCGAUGUCGAGUUCAAGGACCCUCAGCCUGAGUACGAGGAUUGCAAGUGCACAGACGCCGAUUACGAGUGUGACUACAACUUCGAAAGAUCCGAGGACGGCAAGGAGUGUGUCCCUUCCGGUUCUCUCAAGGCCCCUGAAGGUGCUUGCAAGAACCCCGAGGAUGAGUACGAUGGUAGCUCUGGAUACCGCCUCAUUCCUGGUAACACUUGCGACAAGAAGGAUGGCGUGGCCAAAGACAAGCCCGUCAAGCGACCAUGCAAAGAUACUGCCGCAAAGCCACCCGCCUCUGGCAAGAUCUCUCACGAGAUCAAGAAGUUCAAGGGCGCCAAGUUCGCUGAGUACUACUACCUCGAGAAGGCCGCCUCUGCUUCUGGAGAUGACGAAACAAUCAUUAUGAGAACUGACAGACGCGAGGUAUUCAUUUCUCAUGAUGGUGGCAAGACUUGGGAUGCAGUAUUGCCUGAUGAAGAAAUUGUCUCAAUCUAUCCUCACCAGUACAACCAAGACACAGUCUAUCUAAUCACCCCGUCAAAGAAGGUGUUCUACUCUGCAAACCGCGGCUACAACAUCCACCACUUUGAGGCCCCUGAAGAGCCGAACCAAGAUCGUGUUCAAAUUCUGAGCUUCCAUCCCUCUCAGCCAGAUUGGCUCAUCUGGACCGGAGGGAAAGACUGCAAGGGGUUCGGUGAAGACUGCCACUCUGUCGCUCACGUCACCAAGAAGAACGGUGAAGAUUGGACCACUCUACUCCGCUUUGUACGCAAGUGUCAAUUCGUUGCCAGAGAAGAUCGCAGUGGUAGUGACAGCAUGGUUUUCUGCGAGCAGUACCAGGACGAAGACCCGUCCAAGCCUCUGCAGUUAAUUUCCAGCGAUGACUGGUAUGAGCACAAGAAAGUCCACUUCGAAGAUGUCAUCAGCUUUGCAACCAUGUCUGAGUUCAUGGUCGUUGCUCUGAGAGACAAGGAUGGCAAGACUCUGCGUGUGGACACCAGCAUUGAUGGCAAGACUUUCGCCAACGCUCAGUUCCCCAAGAACUUCAAGGUUCCCCACCAGCAGGCUUACACUGUACUUGACAGCUCAACUCAUGCCAUCUUCCUUCAUGUCACUGUAAACAACAGAGAAGGUCAGGAGUACGGUUCUAUCGUCAAGUCAAACAGCAACGGCACUUCGUAUGUCAUGAGUAUCGGACAGGUCAACCGCAAUACGCCUGGCUAUGUCGACUUUGAAAAAAUGCAAGGCCUUGAAGGUGUCGCUGUUGUCAACAUUGUCUCCAAUGUUGAAGAAGUUGAUGGCGGCGCUUCAAAGAAGCUCAAGACUAUGAUCACUCACAAUGAUGGUGCCGAAUGGGGUCUCAUCACACCUCCCAAGAAGGACUCGGACAACAAGGACAUUGACUGCAGUGGCGAUCUCGAGAAAUGCUCUCUCCACCUUCAUGGAUACACUGAGCGCAAAGACCCUCGCGAUACGUACUCGUCACCAUCUGCUGUUGGUUUGAUGAUGGCUGUGGGUAACGUUGGACCUAGCCUCGGCCCUUACAAGGAGGGUAAUACCUUUAUCACCCGUGAUGGCGGUGUUGAAUGGCACGAAGUCUUCAAGGGUACUUACAUGUGGGAAUACGGCGAUCAAGGCUCGAUCAUCGUCAUUGUUCAAGAAGGCGUACCGGUCGACACAGUCUACUAUACUACCAACGAAGGUCAAAAGUGGAUUGCCUACCAGUUCAGUGAAUCCAAGGUUCUCGUCGACCACAUCUCGACAGUCCCCUCCGAUACCUCUCGCAACUUCAUCCUGUGGGGCAAAGAUGGCGGCUCUUCCGGCGGUCUUGUCACCGUCAACCUCGACUUCUCUGGUCUCACGGACCGCCAAUGCAAACUCGACGAGAACGUUCCUGACGCUUCAGACUCGGACUACGAUCUUUGGGAACCCAAACACCCUUUGUCGGACUCGAACUGCCUCUUCGGGCACAUCGCCCAAUACCACCGCAAGAAGCCCGAGGCUGAUUGUUACAAUGGUCCUGUCAUCGAUCGUCUGCACGCAAUCUCUCAGAACUGCUCUUGCUCGCGUCAAGACUUUGAGUGUGAUUACAACUAUGAGCGUCAGAAUGAUGGUUCUUGUGCUUUGGUGCCUGGUACCCAACCCAUCAAUCCUCUCGAGUAUUGUGCAGCAAACCCUGAUCUAGACGAGUACUAUGCUCCCACUGGAUACCGACGCAUUCCGCUCACCACUUGCUCUGGCGGCAAGGAGUUUGACAAGAUCUCGGAGCCAUACCCUUGCCCCAACCACGAAAAGCAAUUCGAGAAGAAGCACGGCAUCUCUGGAGCUGGUCUGUUCUUUGCCAUCGUUAUUCCCAUCAUGGCCGCCGCAGGAGUUGGCUACUACGUCUACAAAAACUACGACGGUCAAUUCGGACGCAUCCAACUUGGUGAUACCGGAAUGAUGGGCAAUGGUAACGGUGCUUUCGAUUCCGAGCAAGUAUGGAUCAAGUAUCCCGUCGCUGCACUUUCUGCCGUUGUGGCAGUCCUCGCCGCUGUACCUAUGGUUAUUGGUGGUCUCUUCCGCAUGGCUAGCCAACGAUUCGGCGGCGGUUCUGGCGGAGGAUACUCAAGGCCUUAUACCACCCGUAGCAGCUUCUCACGAGGCAGGGGUGACUACUCUCAUGUCGAUGCUGAUGAGGGCGAAUUGCUUGGCGAUGAGAGCGACGAAGAGGUGUAGAAGAUAUACUAUAGCUGGAGAAGGAGUUUCAGUUGGAUGUAACAUGAACUGUAGAUUAGGUAUUCAAGUGAUGCAUUACUAUAUCAAUAUCAAUAUCAUAUUUAGUCAGUCCUCGU